CGCGCCGGCAGUUCGGCCACGUCCCUGGCCACGUCGCGCCCGCUCUCGCCAUCUUCGCAGCUUCCUGUCUGUGGCCGCUGCCGCCGCCGCUGCCUGAGCCGCGGAGCCUGGGGCCGCCGCGCAGACCGCCGCCGCCAUGAACAUCUUCCGGCUGACCGGGGACCUGUCCCACUUGGCGGCCAUCGUCAUCCUGCUGCUGAAGAUCUGGAAGACGCGCUCCUGCGCCGGUAUUUCUGGGAAAAGCCAGCUUCUGUUUGCACUGGUCUUCACAACUCGUUACCUGGAUCUUUUUACUUCAUUUAUUUCAUUAUAUAAUACGUCUAUGAAGCUUAUCUACAUUGCCUGCUCCUAUGCCACGGUGUACCUGAUCUACAUGAAAUUUAAGGCAACCUACGAUGGAAAUCAUGAUACUUUCCGAGUGGAGUUUCUGGUGGUCCCUGUGGGAGGCCUCUCGUUUCUAGUCAAUCAUGAUUUCUCUCCUCUUGAGAUUUUGUGGACCUUCUCCAUUUACCUUGAGUCAGUGGCUAUCCUACCACAGCUCUUCAUGAUCAGCAAGACCGGGGAGGCCGAGACCAUCACCACCCACUACCUGUUCUUCCUGGGCCUCUAUCGUGCUUUGUAUCUUGUCAACUGGAUCUGGCGCUUCUACUUUGAGGGCUUCUUUGACCUCAUCGCUGUGGUGGCCGGCGUUGUCCAGACCAUCCUAUACUGCGACUUCUUCUACUUGUACAUUACAAAAGUACUCAAGGGAAAGAAGCUCAGUCUGCCAGCGUAAGUGCCAAAGACCAUGACCAGCAUCUGUCCUUCAGGGUGCUCGGACAGAAUUCUUAUCACAGCAAAGGCACAAGAUGCUUCAUAUGGAAAAUCAGAAACUUAACUCUUUUGUUGCAGAUAGUCAUCUGUGGCUCUGUAAGAACCCAGAGGGAAAGAACCAGAAGGUUUCUGUUCAAUGCAUCUUGCCUUAUCUUUUUUUAUUACUAUGUACAAAGAUUUUUUUACACAAAGAAACUUAAUGCUGUAUUAAUAAAGUCAGUGUGUAGCUUCAAUUGGGGUAGUUGCAAAAGUGAAGAUUUUGUGAGGAAUAAGUGCAAACUUUUUUUUUAAUUCUUUGAAAUUGUUGAUUCUUUGUGUCUGCAAUGAAAUCGUACUCCUUGACAGUUGGUAGAUUAUAUAUUCCUCCAUCUAUCAAACUUGCAUUCCACUAUAUUUAUUUUUUUGCCAAAAGAUGAGUUACCUUUGUUUGAAAUCUGAGACACUGUGUCCAGUUUGGUACAUCUGUUCAAAUCACUUCCCACCUGAUGUGGAAAUCCUUCCUUGGACGUCACAACACUACAUUUAAGGCUGGUAAGGGUGACUUGCAAGUCUUAAGGUUUUCAUUACCAAAAUUUUAAGAUUCUGAAUGUCGAUGGAGUCUCAUUUAAGAGUCACCAAAGGUGCCGGCCCUCCUCCCCUGCUAAGAAGUGUCAGUUUGAGACUGUCCCAAGGCUGUCAAAGAACUCGGUGGGCAGGGGCUGUGGGCUGCCUGCCGUCUGAGCGUGAGGUGCAAGAAGCAUUUGUGAUUAUUUUGGAUCUAGGACUCCUCUGGGAAAUGGAACACAAGUAGUUACCUAUCACUUUAAUUUAUAGUUGCAGAAGAUUACUACAACCAUGUCUAUGCUCAGAUUCAACCGAUUUUUGAUAUCACUUUUGGAUAGCAAAAUGAUUUACUUUUUUUUUUUAACUGGCAGCACCAAUUGCCAUUCCUUUUACUCUUACUUUUUUUUGUUUUUUGUUUUCUUUUUACUGAGCUCUUGCAUGAUUUAUCUUGUGUUACCAUCCUAAAUAAACAUUUUACUAAGCAUAGAAUAAAUUGUCUUUUUUUGAAUUAGGCUUUUGGAACAUCCUAUGUCAGGAUGGGUUUUUUUGUUUUUCGAUUGGCAACAAAAGCUCUACAUAGGGCUGCAAACAUUUGUUCUCCACUUAAUAAUCUAAAACCCUCUGUAUUUUUUAGAAAAUUUGGAAUUUUCCUCCUGAUUUUGCCAUUGUAUUGGUUUGCUGUGUUUUUUUGAUUUAUGCAAAAGCAUUUGACUUUGUUUUUAUGUGAUGCACCAUAAAUGUUAAAGUGUUGAAUACUAACAGUGCUUACUACAAGAAGGAUGUAGUCUCGCUUGCUGCAUUAAAAUAUCUUGUGGAGGAAGGGAGCUGGAUGGGUUUUACUUUUAUCUAGUGUGUCUCGUAACAUCUUUCUAAAUAAGCAGUGUAACUGCAUCGUUUAACCUCCUGUCUUCCUCUCUCUCAUUCCCACCCCCUGACCCCCCGCAUGUCUUUGCUUUUGUGUAUCAGAGUUUCUUUCUUUCUGGCAUCCUAGUUUUGUUUCUGUUUUCAUCCUCCUUGGAAGAUUCUGACAGUGUGGAGGAAGGGUGGGAAAUCGUGUCCUAAGUGGAGCAGACUCCUUGCUGCCCAAGCUGGGGGUGGGUGGGGGGGGGUCUCACACUUGUUUUUGUGCAUGUAAAUCAAACACAGGCUGGGAUCAUUCGCUGGAGAGCACAAUGCAUAGAGCGAGGAUCUGGGACUUCAGCACGCCACCUGGUUCAUGAAGUGUCAGUGCCUCCUUCAGUCGUUCUGCCCACGUAACUGUAAAGCUGGCUAAGAUGCUGCCGCCAUCUUGUGGCCCAACAGGAUGACAUCUUAACAGGUGCCUUAGGGGAGCGCAGGACUGGGCAGCACCCGUGCACACGCUGGGAACAAAGGCAUUGUCUGACGCACCUCACGAGGCACUGUGUCAGAAUUACUCUCACUUCCCGAAUAAAGGUUAUCAGGUAAUUCAUA